AAACUAAAUCGUUCCCGUAGUCGUUGUGCCUUGUGGCUGCCGUUGACUUUGUGAACGGUAUGCGCGAGGAAUGAAUUUAUAUUUUAGUGCCAAUAAUAUUAUUCUAUCUGACCGAUUUUUGUGUCACGUAGUGCCGAAAAAGACCCUUCGUACUCGAAAAAAGUGUUCUGUGCAGCUGUGAUUAAGUGGCUUGUGUUUAAGUGUGAUUAUCGUUACAAAAACAGGAUUAUUCUGUACAUUUUCAGCUGGAUACACACGCAUUUCGAGCUCCUAAAGCUGAAUUCGGCUGACCGAGUGGAUAAAAUGCAGUGUGUGGUGUUCAGGGGCGCCGCGGGGCAGGGACUCGGCGGGCUGGCCCGCCGACUUAGCGGAUGGCGACCCCAAUGAGAUCCAGUUCGCAAGAAGCGCCGGGCCACCGAGCGAGGGUGGCGGACUCGUCAAGGAGCGGGAACGCCACGGCGAAGUCAUCAGACCAUAGCAUCAACACCUCUGCUACCGCGACCGCUGCAACUGCACCGGCUGCACCUGCUGCAGCUUCCUCUACUACCAACGUCAGUGCUAGUACAAAUUCUUCGAUUGUAGGCGGCGGUACAGCCGCGAAUACUGCUCAUCAACCGCCUACCAACUCCAAUUUUGAGUACGAUGACAACGAGUGGGACAUAGGUAUUGGCGACCUCAUCAUCGACUUGGAUGCGGACAUAGAAAAAACCAACGACCAGUCGGGGGGCAUGGCGGCCAACGCCGGCUCCGGGGGACCACAAGCCUCCAAGGCCCAGGCUACGGCCAAAAUGCACAUCGAACAUUCAGCUACAGCUGAUAAAGGUCUUAAGAUGAAAAUAAAGCGCACGAAGCCCGGCACCAAAACGUCAGAAGCCAAACACGAGAUUGUUAAAUCCAACGAGCAAAACGGUAACGUACAUUUUUAG